AUGCCUCGAGCCGUUCGUGGCCUGCUGAUCGAAUGCGAUCCCUCAAUCAAAGCCAUGAUCCUCAAGUACGAUGAGGAUCAUCAUGAAUACAUCGUGGAAGACCUGGAUGAUGAGAACCAUCUUGUUAUCAAAGAAAGUCAACUCGAGGCUCUCAAGAAUCGCUUAGAUCGCGACCUUGACGAGAAGAUCAUGCAACUUGAUGAGUCCGAAUCUGAGUAG